CCCCUCUUUCUUCCCUUUAUCCCUCCCUUUACUCCUCGUCGGAAAAUAUCGGACGUUGUCAUCGCUGUUCAGUGUCAAGAUCAUCCCCGGGUGCUCCGUGCGACGUAGUGGCGAUUCGUGCGAGAUUGUCACUCGGGGUUGCAGCGACGUCACCUUCCGUUCGCCGUCCUCCUUCUCCUCUUCCUCCUUCUCGUUGGCUACGUCGCCUCGGAUUACAUCAUGACAGAUACGACACCACCGAAGGCAGCGUAAUGCCGAGGGAAUCUUGUCCCGGGUUGCUGUUGACCCUGGUGUCGGUAUUCGUCGGCCUGUGCGAGUCCUCCGCCGCCGGCGGGGCCGCGACAUCCGGCGCUCAGCAGCCACAGCCGCAGCCGCAACAGCAGCCGCAGCCGCAGCAGCAACAUCCGGUUUGCAAGCCCGGCUUGGAAUUCUGGUCCGCCGAACGCGCCUCGUGCUGGCCGUGCACCCGAUGCGCCCCCGACUUCACCCUGAGCCCCUGUGCGAUUCACAAGGAUGCGACCUGCGGCCCGCUGUCAGCGCUUGAGCUCGACUGGUCCUUUCUGUCGUCCGCCAGAAAGAAGCCCUCGCAAGCUGACGGUAACGAUGGGACCGUCACUCCGAACAUGUUUUUACGGCUACCCGAGGAAAGGACGAAGGAACGGCCUUUCAUGGAAGCCGGCAAUCUCGUCGACUUCGGUCGCGAGAGCGACGGAAGCUUGGACGACGAGGAGCCGGUCUCCGCCUCGCAGGAAUCAAAAACGACACACGAUCCUCGGGAGAGGAGAAAAUCGGACGAGGACAACCUACCGUGGGACUGGCAGACCGCUGCUCUGGUCCUCGCGGUAUGCGCCUGCAUAGUAUUCUUCCUGGUAGCAGGAUGCUCGGCUCUCGUCUACGCGAGGCAAUGGCGGCGAAUGAAGAGGAAUUUCGAGCCAGCGGGUCUCGAAGAGAUUUCGGCCAGAUUGAAUCUUAUGGUGAAGGCGGAGCUGGCCGAAUUGGUCGCAGGGGCACCGAUGAAUCCAGGUGAUCCCGAGACCAGAUGUCAGUAUCUCGAGAAGCUUUUAGACCGGAAACGGGAGACUCCGGUGGUGGCGACGGCGGCGGCAGCGGCGGCGGCGACGGCGGCGGCUGGCUGGCCGGAGGCGGCGGCCGGCAACUUGUACAUCGAGGAGGGGGGCACGACGACGCCGAGGAGUAAGCGAUCGCAGAUCGCGCGGAUUCAGCAUAACAUCGAGACCAUCCUCAAUCACAAGAGUCAGGGCGCCGAUUGAUGGUCCCCUCCGGCAGACCCCUUUUAGACUUGCUUGGGGCGCGAAUUCAGAAUCGCUUUGCGCGAGAGAACUCGGGCGAACUGGAGCCGACAGCGCUUCUCCCGUGAGGCUCCUCUCGA